AUGAUAAUUCCAUAUAAAAUAAUAUUAUUGAUUAUAUUUGUAAUCAAUAAAGUCAUCAUAGCAAGAUGUUUAUCAUCAACGACUAUUAUCAUCGAUGUUGACAAAGGUAUUGCUCUUCAUAAAAUUGGUGUAUAUGCUGACCAAUUUCAAGAAUCAAUUUUUCACAUAUUUAUACCAUAUAAUAAUUUAUGUAUCGAUUCACCAAUGUCCGACGUUUGUGAAUAUAUUCAAUCGACAAGUCCUGAUAUCAUUGAAGUUGGAACAAUUUUACCGUAUGUUAAUACACUAUCAUCAACAUCAUAUAAUACAGACAGUAUUUUUUAUAUGAUUCAAGAAGAUAUUCGACGAAUUUUUUUACAUCAUAAAAUCGAUAAGUUUAUUGAAAAAUCGAAAUCAAUUAUUUAUUUCAUUGAUAAUCAUUUUUAUGUAACACGUAAUACAGAUAAAUCUAUAACGACACCUACUUUUUCUAUUAAUACUAAUCAAUCAGCACUCAAACCUCGUGUAAUUAAUCCAGCAACGCUAGUUGUUGAACAAGUAUUUAAUAAUAAAGUUGGUUAUGAUUUUUUUAAAUGA